AUGGACAUUCAAAAGCAACACUUAUGUCCACGGUUGGUGGAUUAUUUAACUAUAGUUGGAGCAAAGCCUUAUACGUCAGGCAAAGGAUUGGCGCCAGUACAGGCGCCCGAACUCCUGCGACGAUAUCCUCUCACAAACCAUGAUGAUUUUCCACUGCCCUUGGAUAUGGUUUAUUUCUGUCAGCCAGAAGGCUGUGUAUCAGUUGGUCCUCGACGUCAAAUUGCGCACAUUACAACUCGGGAUACUACGUCUUUUGUUUUUACUCUUACAGACAAGGACUCAGGUAAAACCCGGUACGGAAUUUGUAUUAACUUCUAUCGUGCCGUGGAACGUGCGCCUGCGCCGGGGCCGCGUGAGCGCAGUGUGCUUCGCAGAGAUUCCUGGCGUAAAUCUAUGGAAAGAAGCUCAGAUUCCGCCUUUUCCAGUGACUAUAGGAGCAGCAAUGUAGCGCCGAGCGACUCCGAGCGCGACUGCAGCGUGGCGCCGCGCCUGGCGCCCGCGCCCGACUCUGAGAGCGGCGGCUCGCACUCGCCUAGCCCGAGGGCUACGAGGAAAAGACAACGAGUGCGAAACCAUUCCCUAACUUCCAUAUGCCUUUUAUCACAUCAUCCCUUUUUUUCAACGUUCCGAGAGUGCCUCUUUAUCCUUAAAAAAUUAAUAGAUGCCUGUAAUGAGUCUUCCAGUCCAAGGCGCGUGGGUGCGUCCAGACAAAUAUUUAGAGAUACAGUGUGGUCAGUAUUAACGGGGCAGGCCUAUGACAAUACCCCUACUAUCGUUGUGCACGAUGUAAAGGAAAUAGAAACGUGGAUACUUCGAUUGCUCUCCGCGCCUGUACCAGUUCCUGGCAAGACUCGAUUAGAACUCGAAGUUUUGUCUCCAACGGCUCACGCACCUUUAGUAUUCGCUUUACCGGACCACACUCGGUUUGCCCUCGUUGAUUUCCCACUUCACUUACCUUUAGAAUUACUAGGUGUAGACACAUGCUUAAAAGUCCUAACAUUGAUCAUGUUAGAGAACAAGGUGGUGGUACAGUCGCGUGACUAUAACGCACUGUCGAUGUCUGUGAUGGCGCUGGUGGCGAUGCUUUACCCACUAGAGUACAUGUUCCCCGCGAUACCGCUCCUGCCGAGUUGUAUGAGCUGCGCAGAACAGCUGCUGCUGGCUCCCACUCCAUUCCUUAUCGGGAUACCGGCUACUUUCUUCACUUACAAGAAGAACUUUAAAUUGCCAGACGACAUUUGGUUAGUCGACUUAGAUGCGACAAAACUCACCUGUCCAACCGGUAGCGACCAGGACCUACCUCCUUUACCCGAACCAGAGAGUACGGUUUUGAAAAACCACUUAAAACAGGCUAUGCAAGUCAUGGGAACUGCCGGAACUGGUGCUUUAAAUAGUUUAACGACGAGUUCCGCGGAACAACAAUCGGCACCGCUACUACCUUCAAGACGGGAUAGCGUUGGCGGUGCAACACUUAAGUCAGAAAGAUUACCGUCGGAGCAGAAAAGGAAGUUUCGGAGAGUACAGCCAGCAAGUUUUCGAGAAUCUCACAGUACACCGGAGAGCAGGCGCGUGUCGGUGGGCAGCGCGCACGCGCAGCGCCUGUCGCUGGCGUCGUCGCCGCACUCCACGCCGCACGCGUCGCACGGGAACUCCCCCUCGCAGCCCUUCAACCCGCUCAUAUAUGGCAAUGAUGUUGAUUCUGUCGAUAUCGCUACACGAGUUGCAAUGGUGCGAUUCUUCAAUUCUCAGAAUAUUUUGGCCAACUUUAUGGAACACACGCGCACACUGCGCUUGUACCCCAGGCCUGUAGUAGCAUUCCAGAUCAACAGUUUCCUUAGAUCCAGACCGAGAACUACUUCUUUUUUGAAUAAAUUCGCCAGAACACAAGCUGUCGAAUUCUUAGCAGAGUGGUCAUUAACGCCUGGUAACGUAGCGUUUUUGAGAGUUCAAACUGGAGUGUUUGACCCUCGUCAAAUCGGUGACAAGCCCAAGUGGUUUGCUGAUCAGCUUCAACCAAUUCGAUUUGCUGUUUGGGAUGAUGGCAGUUCAUUAAAUGGUGCUUUAAGACAAUUGCAAAGGCAGGAAAAUCAGCCCACUGAUGAAAGUGGAUCCGAUUCAGAAGCCGCAGAAAGUACAAGUUCUUCAUAUUCUUCUUUAAGUGAUUUUGUAUCAGAAAUGGCGUCUUCAGAUCUAUCUCCAGGAGGAAAUCCCCAUCAGCAGCAUGUAAUUGGAGAGACAUAUAAUGCUGUAGUACAAGUACCCAUGACCUUUUCUUCAUCUUUAGAUGCAAAAACUGUAUAUAGCCCGCCAUCAUCCCUAAUGUUUGGAGAAGAGGAAAAAGAGCGUAAAGAAGGGAGACAGUCGACAUCGCCGUCUCCCUCUGCUUCGAGCUCGGAGCACAGCGACCUCUCGGACGAGGACGUGCCCGGCGCCAUGGACCGCCCCGACCACGACGUCGGUAUACAGCCGACACCUGUUAAGAAAAGUGACACAGAUAGCGGCAGUCUCGGGCGGGAGUCAGACUCGAACUCCACGACCACGCCGGCCACGGUGGCGCCGCGCCGCGCGCGCACGCCGCACGACGCGCAGCAAGCGCAACGACCUAAGAGUGCAAAUACUGGGGUCUCAAGGCAAGAAUCACAGACGUCUCUUCUAGAACAAUUUGCGGCCCAAGCAAAGGAAUUGGUACGAGAAACUACAAGGCAGAGUAGUCAAGAAGGAUUGUUGGCCCAUAUGGACAAGAGAGGAAAAGUCGCACAAGGAGAAGAUAAGAACCUUUUUGCUCCUUUCGACAAGCUAACUUUACAAGCUAAGAAAGCAGCAGAAGAGGCAUCUAAGAGUGUUCAAGAAGCGUCGAAGUCUGCUUUAGAAGCCAGUAAGACCGCCACUGCCGUCAGUAAGAACACCUUUGAAGAUCUCACAUAUGUCGGUAAAUCUACAUUUGGCGAUUUUACAAAGAGUGCAAAAGAAGCAGCCACGAAGAAGGGAUUGUUGAAGGGGGAAAGUCAAGAAGGCCCUGGACCCACCGCACGGCGGGACUCCACCGCGCUACAAACAACGAACAUGCUCGCCACCACCCACAGGGACUUCUUCUCCAACAUCAGCUCGGAUCUGAACGGCCUCGCUGCGUCUACUUCCAGCAUGUUUAGUGAUUUCUUUGGAUCAAAAGGUAAGCCAGCGAAGCCGCCGUCGCCGUCGCCGGGCGCGGGCGCUGCGUCGGGCGCGCCGCUGGCCGCGUUCGGGCCGUUCUCGCAGGGCGCGCGCGGGCUGGUGCAGCGCUCGCCGCUCAUCCGCCACGCCGCGCCCGCGCCUGCGCCGCCGCCGCCGCACACGCGCACCGCCAACAGCGAGAACCAGGCCUUCCUGAAUGAUUUAGUGCAACAUGUACUCGAAGGAGAAGGAGUGGGCUGGCUCAAAUUAAAUCGUCUGAAAAAGCUAAUGGAAGAUGAGUCUUAUAGGAAUAUGGUAUUGAGUAAACUCAAUAGAAACUUUAAUCGCAAAAUUACACCCAACGACAAAGUUGACGACGUGUUCAUAAGCAAGCCGAUAUGGAAGGGUAUGCUGAAAGUCCUCCAAGCGGUAGUCCACGGGCUGGAGCACACGUACUCCAACUUCGGGCUGGGCGGCAUGGCGUCGGUGUUCCAGCUGGCGGAGAUGGCGCACACGCACUACUGGAGCAAGGAGGUGGCGGGGCUGGACGGCGGCAUGGCGGGCUCCGCGCUGGCCGACCACGCGCGCCACGACGACACGCCCUCUUCCGCGCCCUCCUCCAGGAAGAGCUCGCAGUCGGAUAUGCCUGUCGUUAACUAUCCAGAGAUGGACUCCGAAUCUCAAAGCACUACAGAAAUGUUCAAAGACAUGCUUAACCAAAAAAGGAACCUUCUAUUCAGCAAGCUGACGUCUUUUGACUCAGAUGCGGCGGCGUCGGAGUGUUCUCAGGACAGCGGCUCCAUCACCACGAACCGCGCGACGCUGGUCGAACACCGCGCCUCGUUUAGGUCCAAUCUCUCUGACUCUGACGUCAUGUUCCUGAAUGUGGGUCGAGCACAGGGGAAAGGUCGAACUGGGAGUGUAUUUUCGUCCAAGUCGUCAAUAAGUGGUCGGCCGAUGGCGGGUGUGCCCACUACUUCGCCCCUCACGUCUCCAGAGACAGCGCGCACGUAUCUGUUUCAAGGGCUUAUUGGUAAAGAAAGAUCGAACCUAUGGGACCAAAUGCAGUUUUGGGAAGACGCAUUCUUAGACGCUGUAAGCCAAGAACGAGACAUGAUAGGAAUGGAUCAGGGGGCCAACGAGAUGAUGGAACGAUACAAAUGUCUGAGCGAGACAGAGAGGAAACGUCUCGAACAUGAAGAGGACAGACUAUUGUCUACAGCUUUAUAUAAUUUGACAGCAGCAAUGGUUCUGUUCGGAGUUGAAUCGGAUAUAGUUCGUAAUAAAGUAAGGAGGUUACUCGCAAAAAGUCACAUUGGAUUGGUUUACAGUCAAGAAGUUAAUCAUCUACUCGACGUUGUUCAUAAUUUGCACGGCAACGACAUCACGCUGAAGGCGCUGGGGUCGCGGCAGGCGCGGCGCGCCACCUUCACCGUGCACGAGGGCGACGCGGCCGGCGCGCUGCGCUUCCUGGAGGUGCGCCACGACGGCCUCGUGCUGCGCUCCACGCAGGGGACCAUAAUAGAAAGGUGGUGGUACGAGCGAUUGGUUAACAUGACGUACAGUCCUAAAAUACGAGUCUUGUGCCUUUGGAGGAAGAACGGUGGCCAAACGCAACUACACAAAUAUUAUACUAAGAAGUGCAAAGCGCUGUACUACAGCAUCAAGGAGGCGAUGGAGAAGAGCGGGCGGCGCCAGGACGCGGCCGAGCUCGGCGGCGAGUUCCCCGUGCAGGACUGCGCCACCGGCGAGGGCGGCCUCAUACAGGUCUGCAUGGAAGGCGUCGGGCUCCUCUUCCACCACAGCAAGGAUUUCGAGUUUUUCGUGCGGCUCGAUCACAUACGGAAAUGCUUCACGCAGAACGGCGGUAUCUUCGUUUUAGAAGAAUUUAAUCCCAAAACAAGACAAAUAAUACAAAGAAAAUAUAAAUCUAUAAUGGCGGAUCAAAUAUGCUACGCGGUGCUAUGCGUGUUCUCGUACUUCGCGGCGGGGCACGAGCAGAAGAAGGCUAUACUGGAGCAAGCGGCCCGCAUUCAGCAGCCGGAGACGCCCGCGCCCCCCGCGCCCGCGCCCCCGCCCCCGCCCGCGCCGGCCGGGGGCGAGGGGGUGCAAGCCAAAACUACUCCACAACUGGAUAGAAGGCCAUCAGACUUGCUUGCAGAAGACGUUCCAGAAAGCACCCGAAUGCCGCCGGACAGGCGCGCGCCCGAGCCCGCCCGCGCCGCGCCGGCCGGCGGCGGGCGGGGGCGCAGCCCGGAGAGAGCGGAAGAUAAGGUAAUGGUUCCGUGCGUGGCCGCGGACGCCGCGGGCGCGGGGGUGCGCGCCGGCCCGCCGCCGCGCCGGCCGCCGCCGCCCGCGCGCGCGCUCUCGCACGGACACCCGCCCUCUAGUAUGCCGCAGAUCCCCCCGCGGCCGGGCGCUCGACCGGGCGCGCCGCCCGCGCUGCCGCCGCGCCAGCAGUCGGCCGCCGCGGACAUCAGCACUAGUCCCAGGAGCUCGGCAACAUCCAGCCCUGUCCGGCGCGUCCUCGCGCGCCAGGGCUCCUUGGCCGCGCCCUCCCCCGCCGCCGCCGCCGCCGCCCCCGCCGCGCCCUUCGCCCCCACCAACCCCUUCACCGCCCCGCGACACGCAGAGUUCGUCAUCCCUCAACGCAACAACGUACGGCGACAGUCGACCGAUAGAAAC